GGUAAAACGGUCACACCUGCAUGACAGCUGUUUUUUAUUGUGAAAGCACCAGAAACCACACAAAAUUUUAAGAAACUUAUUUUUGCUGUCAGAAAGAGGAGUUUUAAAAAAUUUACCCGUAGUUUCUAAUUUUCCACACACAUCCCCUUCCUUAUCUGAAUGUUUAGAGCUGACAAUUUCACAGUUUCCCCUUGAAAUGUCCCUGCAAACGGGCUUGGUUUUCAUUUUCACCAUAUUAGCCUCUGUUAGUUUCGUCGCAGCCAUUAUUUUGUUGGGCUGGUUUCUCAUUUGGAAGGCUUUUCUGUCAAAGUUUCGUCUCGUGCGCGAGUUGUUGGGUCAGGAGGAGCCGGAGGAGCAGCAGCCACUUGCCUGGGAUCACCACCAGAAUCAACAGCAUCCACAGCAGCCGGGCAGAGCGAGGAAAGCUCGCCGAGACUAG